CUUCAUUGCAUUUGACACCCCAUUUCUACUAACUCCGUAAGUACUUGUCUCUCUCUUUCGUUAGCUCCCACUUCUCACUCAUUGGCUAUGUAGUCUUGAUUUUGAUAUUCUCGUUGGCUAGAAAAAUAUGGAGUUGGAUCUGGAUCGUGACCAAGUCACACUGAUAGGAUGCACUAUAUGUCUUAUGCUGACUAUGCAUUUCAGCAUACGGCUAGUGACACAACAUUUUACAUCAUGGAAGAAGCCUAAAGAGCAAAAGGCCAUAAUUAUUAUCAUCCUCAUGGCACCCUUGUAUGCUAUUGACUCCUAUAUUGGGUUGAUCGAUUUCAUGGGAAGCAAACCCUUUUUCACUUUCUUGGAAUCUGUCAAAGAAUGUUAUGAAGCAAUUGUGAUGGCUAAGUUCCUGGGGUUGAUGUACACUUACUUGAACAUAUCCAUAAGCAAAAACAUAGUCCCUGAUGAAAUUAAGGGAAGACAGAUUCACCAUUCAUUCCCUAUGACACUCUUCCAGCCUCACACAGCUCAUUUGAACCAUCACACAUUGAAGCUUCUCAAGAACUGGACAUGGCAGUUUGUUGUGAUUCGCCCUGUAUUAUCCAUCUUAAUGAUUGUUUUACAAAUGUUUGGAGUGUACCCUAGUUGGCUUAGCUGGACCUUUACCAUCAUCUUGAACACAUCCGUUUCACUGGCUUUGUAUUCUCUUGUGAUUUUCUACCACGUGUUUGCAAAAGAGUUGGCACCUCACAAGCCGCUAGCCAAGUUCCUGUGUGUCAAAGGAAUUGUCUUUUUCGUUUUCUGGCAGGGUAUUCUGCUUAAUAUUCUGGUAGCACUAGGCAUAAUCAAAUCUCACCAUUUCUGGCUUAAGGUGGAGCGCAUUCAGGAAGGUAUUCAGAAUAUACUAGUGAUAGUGGAGAUGGUUUUCUUCUCUAUCUUUAUGAGUCAUGCAUACAGUGCAGCGCCAUAUCGCCAAGAAGCUGUUACAAGUUCAGGAGGAGAUAAAAAGAAAGAGUGAUAACGCAACAUUCAUUCUUGUGAAAGAUUAUCUUCAGACAUCGUCAAUUCUUCCUAGUGCUUGUAUGUUAUCGUAGACUUGCCUGUUGAUGUAUGCUAGAUUCUUCUAUUAAAUAAUGUAUCCUUAAUGGAGUAAGAAGAGCUAGAGUUUUAUCAUCAGGCAGUAUUGUUGUACUUUUAGCAUCUAUUUCAAGAUAUGUAGAGAUGGGAAAAAUCUUAUUAGAAAAAGACAGGUCUAUUAGAACAUUUUGUGAGAGAACUAGGACUGAACCCUUCCAUGCUGAGGCAAUGGCUACUUCAUUUGAAAUAAAAACAGAGAAGCAUAUGAGAGUUAA